UGUUAUUAAGCGAAUAUUUACUUUUUCCUUAAAAUUUUUUUCUGUUUUUACGUAAAUUUCAAGUUAUAAUUCAUUCUGAUUUGUGAUAUUAAUGUAAAUACUACACGUCAAUUUUGUUCAGCGGACAGAAUGUCAGAUGACAGUGACGAUGACAGGAAUGUAGCAAUGGUUGUUCUUUCUGCUAUUAUGAUUUUUGAUGAGGAUGAGCAGGAGUAGGAAAGCAUUGCGGAAACUUUCUUGUCAUUUACAGAAAAAGAAGAGCAUAUAAAAUCUGAAUUCUUUUUCGAAUUAAUAAUACCAAGGUUUUCACCAUCAGAUUUUAAAUCCCACUUUCGAAUGACGAGGGAAACAUUCGAAACAUUAAGUCUAAUUUUGGGAUCUGAUUUGGAUACCCCACAAGUAAAUGUUCCCGUCGUGAAAAAAUUAGCCAUCGCCAUUUGGACAUUUAGCAAUCAGGAGGUAUAUCGAUCCAUAGCUGAUCGGUUUGGCGUAGCAAAGUCAACAGCUUGGCAAUGUAUGUUAGACGUCGCGACUGCACUUUGUGCACGCUCAAAAGAGUACAUUCAAUGGCCUAGGGAAGAAGUUGCAUUAGAAAAUGAAUAUAAAUUUCGACAAAUAUGUGGAUUUCCUGGCAUCAUUGGAGUUGUGGACGGAUGCUAUAUCCAAAUUAGUGCUCCUUCUGAAAAUCCUGAAAGUUAUGUCAACAGGCAUGGGUACUACUCUAUCAACUUUCAAGGAAUAUGCGAUGCUGAAAUGCGUUUCAUAGAUGUUUUCGCGGGUUGCUGCGGAAGCAUGAAUGAUGCAAGAGUCUGGCAACUUAGUGACAUUCAUCAAGAAAGUGUUCUUCAUAGUGAUGAUUAUUUUCCUAACCAAUGUCAUAUACUGGGAGAUAAGGCUUAUAAACUAAACUUUAAUAUGUUGACACCAUAUAAAAAUUUUGGAAAUAUGCCGAGAGUGCAAGUCUUCUAUAAUCUUCUUCACGCCCGAACACGUCAAAUCAUUGAAAGAGCCUUCGCACUCCUUGUUUGUCGUUUUCGACGUUUAAAAUACUUAUAUUUGCAAAAUGUACUCUACGCUUCUUUAAUAAUUCUCACAUGCUGCAUUCUUCACAAUAUUUGUAUUUCAUUCAAUGAUAUAAUUGAGGAUUAUGAAAUAGUACAUGAUAACGAUAAUUGUGAAGUACAGUUCGACAAUGAUGAUUCAAUUGUAGAAGUACCGCAAAGAAAUGAAAAUCGCUUUCAUCCUGAAAUAAAGCGCAAUAUUGUGGAUAAUGAAUUGUUUGCUAAUCAAAGAAUAUAAUUUAUUUAACAGGGAUAGAUAAAAAUCUAAAUUACUAAACUCAGUUUGGUUUUGUGUCGACUUGAAACUAAAUAAAUAUAUUUCUAAAACUAAAUUAAAAAAAGAAAGAUUUAAAAAUGAAAAUCGAAUUGUUUUAGUGUAGAUCAAAAAUAAAUGUCUAAGAAAAUCAAUUAUUCACUCUUAAUAAAAAAAUCACUGCAAACAACAAAAUAUUUAAAGAAGUAGUAUAAUAACAUUAACAAUAGCUAUAAAGUAGAAUAAAAAGACUACAAUAAUAAAGUUGAGUUAGUAAACCUGAUUUUCAUGUAUCUGUAAAUAUUUCGUUUUUUAUAAUAAUUUUUAUUAAUAAUACUAAAUAUUAUAAGUUUUAAUAUUUUAGUUUCGAGUCGACACGAAACAAAAUUCAUUUUUUUAAUUUUGUUUCGUUUGAGUAUCUGUCCCUGCUAUAUAAUUUAAAUUUUCAUAUAAUCCAAACAUCACAAAUCAAAAUAAAGUCAUCACUACAGAGUGAGAGAAAGAAAAAAUGCAUAAUAUCCUAAUGUUCAUUGAAGAUUUUGCAACCUGACAGUAAGCUUGAGAAACUUACAAGACAUACUUGCUGUUAAUGUGCUACAUGCACGGAAAGUUGCGAAGUUGUGAAGACAGUGUUCUAUUUGCAAAAUGACUGUACUGUAAGUUUCUUAAAAAUUUAAGUUACUUGAGUGAUUUUUCAACUGCAAUAUCAAGUUCAACGAUAUUAAAUAGACUUUUACU